AUGGCAGACAAGGACGAGAAAACUAACAUCACGGCGCCUGACCCACAAGCCGCUGCCGUUGAGCCUAAAGAUCGCGAAGAUGAUGCCUUCGUUAUCGACAUUGACGAGGCCGAUAAAAACGGCAGCCCCGAUGCCGAUGAGAAGAGGGGCCGGCCCGGCUUGAAAUCAACAAGAAGCCGUGCAACUGACACAAGUAUUGCUACCACGACCGCGACCCGUCACCAACCAGAGAGCAAACCAUGGUACAAGACGCCAAACCCUCUGAAAUGGGGUGGCAUUCCUCCUGUGCCUGAAGAGAAAACUGUAUCACGAGAACAUAAGGCCGGUUUUUUCAGCCAACUCACCUUCCAAUGGAUGGCCCCUCUCAUGAGUACUGGAUACAAGCGACAGCUUGAACCAAAUGACAUCUGGACAGUCAACCCAGACAGAGCUGCGGAUGUCAUGACUGAGAAACUGCAAGCUGCCUUCCGCAAGCGCGUUGACAAGGGGGGCAAAUACCCUCUACUCUGGGCGCUGCACGAGACCUACUUCUUCGAGUUCUGGCUUGGAGGCUUCCUUCAACUUAUGUCUACUAUUUUCCAGGUCAUGUCUCCCUUCACGCUGCGAUUCCUAAUUCAGUUCGCCAACGACGCCUGGGACGCCUCUCAACGGGGCGCACCACCACCCCCCAUCGGCAAAGGCAUUGGCUUGGUAAUUGGUGUCACGGUUAUGCAGAUUCUUCAGAGUUUGGGCACCAACCAUUUCAUAUAUCGCGGUAUGAUGAUCGGUGGCCAGUCAAGAGCCGUCCUCAUCUCCGUCAUCUUCGAAAAAGCCAUGUCGCUGUCUGGUCGGGCCAAGGCCGGCGGUCUCAAGGAGGGGGCGAGUGAUCCGAAAAAAGAAGACAAAGGAAAGAAGAAUGAGAAAAAGAAGGGCAAGAAGGGAGAUGCCAAGGGGCCGGGAAUCUCAGGAGACGGCACAGGUUGGGGUAACGGGCGCAUCGUCAACCUCAUGAGCGUCGACACAUACCGUAUCGACCAAGCCUGCGCGCUAUUCCAUCUGACCUGGACAGGUCCCCUCUCUUGUGUCAUCACUCUUGUUGUUCUCAUCAUCAACUUGAGCUACAGUGCCCUUGCCGGAUUUGCUCUUCUCGUUGCCGGCAUCCCACUGCUAACAAGGGCAAUCAGGAGCCUAUUUAAACGGCGAAAGGCCAUCAACAAGGUAACUGAUCAGCGAGUGAGCCUGACUCAAGAAAUUCUGCAGUCGGUCCGUUUCGUAAAGUACUUUGGAUGGGAGAGUGCGUUCCUUGAGCGGCUCAAGGAGAUCCGAAGCCGCGAAAUCCACGCCAUCCAGAUCCUCUUGGCUAUCAGAAAUGCCAUCAACGCUGUCAGUUUGUCAUUGCCUAUUUUUGCCUCCAUGAUAUCCUUCAUCACCUAUGCAAAGACCGACAACGCCCUCAACCCGGCUGAGGUCUUUUCGUCUCUCGCCUUAUUCAAUGGCCUCCGAGUUCCGCUCAACCUGCUUCCCCUGGUCCUCGGUCAGGUCGUCGAUGCCUGGUCGUCGUUGAAGCGCAUCCAGGAGUUUCUGCUAGCUGAGGAACAGGAGGAAGACGUAAUUUACAAGCCAGAGGGUGAAAAUGCCAUGGAAGUACACAACGGUGGCUUUACCUGGGAGCGUACGCCGACGCAGGAAUCUGAUAAGACCGUGGCUGGUGCCGGAAAACCGGGCAAGAAGGGACCUGCCCAACCUGCAAGCCCUAAGGAUGCUUCAAAGACAGAGGAACCGCUGACUUCAUCUGGUGAGAGCACGGGAGACGGCGCAAGCACGCUUGUAGAAGAGGAGCGCGAGCCUUUCAAACUGCAAGAUAUCAACUUUGAGAUCAAGAGAGAUGAGCUGGUUGCAGUCAUUGGCUCGGUUGGAAGCGGAAAGACUUCGCUGCUCGCCGCGCUUGCAGGCGAUAUGAGGAAGACAUCCGGCGAGGUUGUGCUUGGAGCUUCCAGGGCAUUUUGUCCUCAAUACGCUUGGAUCCAGAAUGCAACGGUUCGAGACAAUAUUCUCUUUGGUAAGGACAUGGAUCGGGCAUGGUAUCAGGAGGUCAUUGAUGCCUGUGCCCUUCGGCCCGAUCUUGCGAUGCUCCCUAAUGGUGACCUGACGGAGAUCGGUGAACGAGGUAUCACUAUUUCCGGUGGCCAGAAGCAGCGUUUGAACAUUGCCAGAGCCAUCUACUUCGACUCCGAUAUUGUGCUUAUGGACGAUCCUCUGAGCGCUGUCGACGCCCAUGUUGGGCGUCACAUCUUUGACAACGCCAUUCUUGGCCUCCUUAAAGGCAAAUGCAGAAUCCUCGCGACUCAUCAACUUUGGGUUCUUAACCGUUGCGACAGGGUGAUUUGGAUGGAAGGUGGCAAGAUCCAGGCCAUCGACACCUUCGAUAACCUGAUGCGAGACCACCGUGGCUUCCAGCAGCUGUUGGAGACGACGGCAGUGGAAGAGAAACAAGACGAGCCUGCGCCAACGAACUUGAACGAGGCUGCCGGGGGCGACAAGAAAAAGAAAAAGAAGGGUGCUGCUCUUAUGCAACAAGAAGAGCGAGCCGUGUCUAGUGUCCCUUGGAAAGUGUACGGUGAUUACAUCCGCGCUUCCGGAAGCAUGCUCAACGCGCCUUUCUUGAUCUUCCUGCUCCUUCUCUCGCAGGGCGCCAACAUCAUGACUAGUCUUUGGCUGUCAUACUGGACGAGCAAACGAUACCCUCUUUCCGACGGCCAAUACAUUGGUAUAUAUGCCGGUCUCGGUGCAGUCCAGGCGCUCCUCAUGUUUAUCUUCUCGUUGCUCUUGUCGAUUUUGGGCACCAACUCCAGUAAAGUCAUGCUUCGGCAGGCGGUGACCAGGGUUCUGCGUGCGCCAAUGUCGUUCUUCGACACAACCCCUCUCGGACGGAUCACCAACCGUUUCUCGAGAGAUGUCGAUGUAAUGGACAACAACUUGACGGAUGCCAUGAGGAUGUAUUUUUUCACCUUGGCCAUGAUCUUGUCCGUAUUUGCUCUCAUUAUCGCCUUCUUCCACUACUUUGCCAUUGCACUCGGACCGUUGUUCGUCUUCUUCAUUCUUGCUGCUUCGUAUUACCGUGCUUCGGCGCGUGAAGUUAAGCGAUUCGAGUCAGUUCUACGGUCAAAUGUUUUUGCCAAGUUCGGUGAGGGUUUAAGUGGUGUUGCUAGCAUCAGAGCGUAUGGUUUGAAGGCGCACUUCAUCGCGGACAUCCGCAAGGCUAUUGAUGAGAUGAACGCGGCCUAUUAUCUUACAUUCUCGAACCAACGUUGGCUAUCGACUCGUCUCGAUCUUAUCGGAAACCUUCUGGUGUUCACUGUCGGCAUCCUCGUCGUUACGUCCCGCUUCAGCGUAUCGCCGAGCAUUGGAGGUUUGGUGCUCAGCUAUAUCCUGGGUAUCGUGCAAAUGAUUCAGUUCACAGUGCGACAGCUCGCUGAAGUUGAGAACGGCAUGAACGCCGUGGAGCGAAUCCAGUAUUACGGCACCCAACUGGAGGAGGAGGCGCCGCUACACACUAUUGAGGUGCGGCCUUCGUGGCCGGAGAAGGGAGAGAUCGUCUUUGAGAACGUUGAGAUGCGCUACCGUGCCAACCUGCCUCUUGUUCUUUCGGGCUUGUCAAUCCAUGUCAAGGGCGGCGAGCGUAUCGGCAUCGUCGGUCGUACCGGCGCGGGCAAGUCGUCCAUCAUGUCGACCCUCUUCCGACUCGUCGAGUUGUCGGGCGGCCACAUCACCAUUGACGGCGUCGAUAUCUCCACCAUCGGUCUCCAUGACCUUCGCUCUCGUCUUGCCAUCAUUCCCCAAGACCCCACACUCUUCCGUGGCACUGUCCGCUCCAAUCUUGACCCCUUCAGCGAGCACAACGACCUGGAACUUUGGUCCGCAUUGCGACAAGCCGAUCUGGUGCCCGCAGACGCGAACCUGGAGGACCCACGAUCUAAAGACCCUUCCAGAAUCCACCUUGACUCCGUCGUCGAGGAAGACGGUCUUAACUUCUCCCUAGGCCAGCGUCAGCUCAUGGCCCUCGCGCGCGCGCUCGUCCGAGGCAGCCGCAUCAUUGUCUGCGACGAGGCCACUUCCUCCGUCGACAUGGAGACUGACGACAAGAUCCAAAACACAAUCGCCACGAGCUUCAGGGGAAGGACGCUGCUCUGCAUUGCCCACCGACUGCGCACUAUUAUCGGCUACGACCGCAUCUGCGUCAUGGACGCCGGCCGUAUAGCUGAGCUCGAUACGCCGCUUGCGCUGUGGCAGCGCGAGGGUGGCAUUUUCAGAGGCAUGUGCGACCGCAGUGGCAUCAGGCUCGAAGACAUCCGCGGUGCGAGCGAGGAGAUGGGAUUGAAGGACCAGGCGGGCGAGUCAAGCCGUCAGGGUGAGAUGUAG